AUGGGCAAGAAAAGAGUUUUGGUUGGUUAUGGCAUCGACCUGGACGCCGUCGCAAACUGGAUUAACACCUGCGAUGGAUCGCCACAAACUCCGACAAAUGUCUCUCGAGGAGUCUUUGGGGCUACAGUAGGCACGGAUAGGUUGCUCAAGAUGUUCGACAAGUACGGCAUCAAAGCCACCUGGUUCACGCCAGCGCACACGUUAGAGAGCUUUCCAAAGCAGCUGGCGAAAGUGAGAGACUCCGGCCAUGAGAUUGGGUUGCAUGGUUACACGCACGAAAACAUCGCCAAGCUCAAUGCACAACAGCAGCUGGACGUCCUCACGCGCUCCAUUGAUGCAGUGACGAAGUUCACAGGCAAGAAGCCAAAGGGUUACACUGCUCCACUUUGGGCGACGUCGAAAGAGUUGAUUCCACAGCUCCAGGAUGCUGGCAUUCUUUAUGAUCACUCUUUCAUGCAUCAUGAUGUGCAGCCUUACUGGGCGCCGGAUACCUCGGCAUUUUCGUGGGUGGAGACCAAUGUAGCCAAUUCAGCGAGCUCCUGGAUGAUGCCAAUGACUACGAUGAAGCCAUCGAAGGUGGUUGAGUAUAACUUAGUCGAACGCCUGCUGACGUUCUUGUUGAUCCCUUCGAAUUGGCAUCUCGACGACUGGCCACCUCUGAAUCCAAUUCCAGAUAUGGGCUGGGCUCAAGGCUAUGUCGAUACGCAUACGGUUGAGACACUCUGGAAAGAGCAAUUUGACUUCGCCUAUCGCGAGUAUGAUGAAUUCAUCUUUCCCAUGUCGAUACAUCCUCAGGUCUCAGGCAAGCCACAGGUGAUCAUGAUGCAUGAUCGAAUCAUUGAGCACAUCAACAAGCAUCCUGGUGUGGAGUGGAUGACUUUGAGCGAGAUGGCUGAGGAAUUUGUUGCUGGGAAAAUCACAGGUGCGACCAUCGAAGGGGGCGUCGACCCUAAUGCAAGAAUGUGA